UCGUACGUCCGUGUGUGUGCGCGCGCGUUAGUCGCUAGUGUUGUGUCCAAGAUGAAGUCCGACUCUAAACCUUUGUUGACAGCUCAAGUGGAAAAGGCGAAUCAUUACACGUAAGUAGCGCCCGCCAGGCCGGUCUCGUGCUACGUGAGAGAAGUGAGAUAAAGAUCAAAGCCAGAAGUGCGUGACCCAAAGUGGAGUGCGAGAAAAAAAGAUAGAGAGAGAACAGAGAAAGAGAUAGGAGAGAUAGAGAGAGAGAUAGAGAGAGAGAGAGAGAGAGAACCGCGAGCAGCGCGGCUACGACGCGCGCGUCGACAAAAAACUCCACGAAAUAAUGUGUAGCUCUGUGGAUUCGCAUUCCAGAUACUUGAAGGAUUUUCGCGUCGAACAAUGUCCCCUCUUUAUACAGCGCAAAUGUACACAGCACCGUCCCUUCACGUGCUUCAACUGGCACUUUAUGAACCAGCGGAGGCGCAGGCCGGGGAAAAAGAAGGGCGGCACCUUCAACUAUAGUGCUGAUAAUUAUUGUACCAAGUACGACGAAACUACCGGUAUAUGCCCGGACGGAGAUGAGUGCCCAUUUUUACAUCGUACUGCUGGUGAUACUGAGAGACGUUAUCAUCUUCGCUAUUACAAAACAUGCAUGUGUGUUCAUGAUACAGACACACGUGGUUUUUGUGUUAAAAAUGGACCUCAUUGUGCCUUUGCGCAUGGCAAUCAUGAUAUACGACAACCUGUGUAUGAUAUCAAAGAAAUGCAAGCAUUGGAAAAUCCAGAUACAGAUCCCAAUUCUUCGUCCAAUGGACCAAACAUUCUUGAUAAGGAACGAAACUUGAUGAAUGAAGAUCCAAAAUGGCAGGAUACAAAUUAUGUACUUAGUAAUUAUAAAACGGAACCUUGUAAACGACCUCCAAGACUUUGUCGUCAGGGUUAUGCUUGUCCACAAUAUCAUAACAGUAAAGAUAAAAGGCGUAGUCCACGAAAAUACAAAUAUAGAUCAACACCAUGUCCAAAUGUAAAACAUGGAGAAGAAUGGGGAGAACCUGGAAAUUGUGAACAAGGAGAUGCCUGCACGUAUUGUCAUACCCGUACAGAACAACAAUUUCAUCCUGAAAUUUACAAAUCAACUAAAUGCAAUGAUGUACAACAGGCUGGUUACUGUCCACGUGGAGUCUUCUGUGCAUUUGCGCAUGUUGACCAAGAAAUGAGUCUGGCGAGGGACAUGGCGGUACCCAUAGAUUGCGGCACAAAUUUAGCAGAUAUACUCAAUAAUGCUUUACCACCUGAUAAGCGCAGUCAUGACAAGGAUAAACCUCUUAGCGAUAGUAGUAAUGGAAGUGGUGAAGUAUCUGAAUCUGCGAGUACUAGUAGUCUUGGUAGUAAUAGCUCACAUAGUAAAGCUCCUGGUGCUCAACUUCAUAAUUCCAGUUCUAACAAUGCUGUGAAUGUUUCUGCCCAACAGAAACUUACUAGUAUGCUUUACAAUCCUGGUUCUCUUUUACAAGCUGGUGAAAUAAGAAAACAAAUGGUGGCUAUAGACAGUGAUCCAUUAUUAACAAAAGCUGAAAAGACUCAACAAAAACAAAAUCUGUUUAUCACUUAUAAUUUGAAUGGAACCUUAGGGAGUCACUCAUUGGCAACAACCGUAUCACCACUAUCUAAUUCAUUUUAUCCAAAUGACACUGUUGAAUCUGUAAUAGGAAACGCAUUAGAUGAAUUACAUUUAGACGAUCCACUAAAUUUAGUAGAAUCAAUUCAUAGGGAUACUAAUUCUCCAAUUAGUAAUUCAAUAUCAGCGGGUUUAGCAAGUUCAGGAUUACUGGGUAGUUCAGCUCCAGUAAAUAUUCCUGGAAUGACAGAACGAUCCGUUCUGACAAAUUUCUCUCCAUCUACUUCAAGUCCUCUUCAGCAAUUACAAUCAGCCGGUUUUCUCACUGGACACAGAUUUUCACAUCAGGAUUCUAUAGAUUCGACAAUGCCAUUUAUGAAUCAAGUUUCAGACCCAUUUAGCAAUCAUAUGUCUCAACUUAGUAGUUCAGCUUCUAAACUUAGUGGAUUUAAUAGUAGCCUAUUUGACUUUGCAAGCCAAGGAAUGUCACCAUCUCGUACACAACCUCUCCCAGCAUCUCCACUGGUUAGUUCAUUCUCCAUUAGUCCAAGUAACACAGGAUCUUUAUCUGAGGUGCAGAGACUCAGAGAAGAAUUGACUUCAAGUCGUGCCCAAUUAGCAGCUUGGGAUGAACGAAUUAAUCAAGCCAGAGCAGCUUGUGCAGCAUGGCAGUUAGAAAGUGAAGAAGCUAAAAGAAAAGCCAAUAUUGCUGAACAACAAAGAGAUGAGGCUUUAUUGCAAGUAAAAGCAUUACGUGUUGAAAAUGAAGCAGCCAGUGGUGGUCCAUAUUUGCAUACAUUGAGAAGAACUAGUGAACUCAGAUCACUUUCAAUAGCAACAUUAAAAUCAAUUCAAUCGCAACUUCGUUCGGAUCUUGAAGAAAUAGAUAAGGUGCUGUACAGAGAAACUGCAGCGAAGUGCAUGGUUUGUGAAGAACAAAAUCGUACUGUAACUCUUGCUUGUAAUCACUACGUGGUAUGCUCAACAUGCGCUCCAAAUCAGCGUGAGUGCCCGUAUUGCCAGACACCAGUUGUCUCUACAAGUUAGGUCCGAAAUUUUCAUUGGAAUAAUCCCAUUGUUAAUAUUUGCACUUUUUGCUUG